GUUAUGUAAACAUACCUUGUGACAUUUGCGAAUUUAGAAGAAUGGCUGUCAGGCUUCCACAGGAGGUCAUAACGCAUAUAAUGCGUUUCCUGAACGUCUCUGAUCGGAAGGAAGCAGCAAUGGUAAACAAGACGUGGUACGAGGCCUCACUGGACCCCAUACUACAGCGGGAUGUUGUCCUUCACUUCAAUGGAGAGACAAAUUAUGUCCCACUUUCUAACUUCAGUCACAGGCGCUUAUCUCACCUGACUUUGAGUCAACUAGACAAUUCCAUGAACACCAAGCAUGCAUUGCUUAAGUCAUGUCAACAAUUCAAUGACAGUUUGAAAUCCCUGUCCUUCAAAUCUUGUAAUAUUACGGAGAGCACAUUCGUAGAAAUUCUCUCUUACUGUAUAAAUCUGACAAGUAUCGAUCUCAGUAGCUGCAACAGUAUUUUUUUGUCAGGAAGACUUCUGGAGAAAAACGCCGAUCUACAGCUCCUUAGAGAUUCGCUGAAAAACGUCAAAGAUUUGAACUUAUCGUCUAUUCGUCAGCUAUCUGAUGUUACGUUUAACAGAAUCGUUACUAUUUGUCCAAACGUCGAAAGAAUAACGUUAGUAGGGUCACACAUUGUAUUCAGCAGUGAACAUUACAUUCCAAGAGGAAAAUCAAGAGUUGUCAGCAGUGCUGUGCUCACUUUUAACAAUAUUUUAGACUUUGUGCGUAUGCAGGCCUCUCUGUUAACCUCGAUAGACUUGAGUCGAAACCAAAUUAAUGACGACGCCUUGGAGAGUCUUGUGACAAUUCCUGAUCUACACUUACAAGAACUACAUUUAAUGGCAUGCAAAGAGAUAGAAGAUCAGGGAAUUAUUGCUUUGAGUCACAAUCAAAAAUCACUGAAGAUCUUGGAUAUAAAAGAUUGCAUAGGUGUAACUGACGCAGGCAUUAGUGCUGUGGCAUCAAAUCUGGUACAUUUGGAGAACCUCGCCCUAAACCGAUGCAGAAAUGUGACCUCAAACUCAGUCAAAAAGUUUCGUUAUCUUUCUCACCUGCAGACCUUAGAAAUGUCCGAUUUGUAUCAAGUGACCUCAUCUGGCUUAGAGGAGGGGCUUUGUAGCAAUGCUGGUAUGCCACUAACGCGUGUCAACCUGAGUUGUUGCUCUUUAAUCCAGGAUGGAUUUGUGGAAAAACUGAGCUACACGCAUCCAUAUCUUGCUCACCUGGACCUCGGUUCCUGUAAUAAUAUUACGAACCAAAGCAUUUUUGAAAUCUCCAAAAACCUCAAACAGAUUCAAUUUCUAAGAUUAGCAUGGUGCAAAAAGAUUACGGAUCUCGGCAUUCUGGGAUUUGAACAAGACAUCGAAGAAAAGAGACCGACAGAAACGGGAUGCAACAAAAACUACGAAAGCACAACUAUAUUCCGGAAGCCAAUAUCGAAAGAAGAGAAAAUGAAAGUCCAAAAAUUAAAAGAAGAAAUAAUUGAAAAAGACCUCCUUCGUUACAAAUUAAGUAAUCUUUCCAAGUUGCGCGACCUCGAUUUAUCGGUGUGUCUCGGACUGACGGAUAUUGGUCUAGUCCAGGUUCUGAAGUUCCAAGAACUUCGUUAUUUGAAUCUGAAUAUGAUUCCAAUAACAGAUGUCACAGUUUUGGCACUUACGGCAUCAAACCCAAGUCUAGAAUAUCUUGUUCUUGCUAAAUGUGCCGCCAUUACUGACGAUGCAAUUGAGACGGUGGCCAAACGUCUUCCGCGCUUGAAUAACUUGAACAUAUCAAGCUGUGACAGUCUAACGGACAAAAGUAUUCGCUUUAUCCAGAUUCAUUGCAAACGACUUCGAAGUCUUGAUGUCUCUUUCUGCAGGAAUAUCUCCCCUGAAGCGAUAGACGACUUGGAGAGAUCCCAUUCUGUAGUGUCGGUCAAUCGGAGACUAGUUGGGGGCAAAACGUAAAUGGUGUCAUCCAGAAAUCAAUAUACUCUGAUUUUUUUUUUUAACAAUUGCAGUGCCAGUAUUCUCAUGUUAAAUUAUUUGGCUUAUGAAAAUAACAUUCUUGAUUCAUGACUGUAUAAGAUAUACGAGUAUAUAGACAAAUUUCUUUAAUAUAAAAACAUUUUCACUAAAGAUCGAAAUCAUUCAUUUUCCUCAUCCAUUCCUAUCAAGAAAUUCUCCACGCUCCCAGUUUGUAAUAAGAAUUCCUAAUAUUCUCUGUUUGAUGGAGCUUGUACAAGAAAUCAGACUGUGAUUUGUCUUUCAUGUUUUUUUUUUCUACAAGCUUUAGUAUAUAGAAAGUAGAUGAAAUGGAUGCACGGGUUUUCGUCAACAGGCUUUUGCUCCACAAAUUUUAUUCUUGUUAAACUUUUACCAAAUGACUUGACUGUUACAGAGACUUAUAAAUAACAUGUUAUUUAUUUCUCUGAUUAUUACCACAACAAGACAUAUUGUGUUCAUCUAUAUAUUCACUACAUUAUGAUACUGUGAUAUUUUGUUAACAUUU